AUGGCUUCCUUCCCCGAUUUUCAAAUCCAAAUCGAAAGCCCAGGCGGCGAGCCGUUCCCUUCCAUCUCUAGCAAAACGCUGGGUUCCGAUGUGGAAAAAGCAACGUUGUCCAAGCUCAGGGGCCUUUGCCGCAUCCCAAAGAAAUACGCCUUCAGCACCAAUGGCAAAAAUGCCCUCUCCGACAGCACGUCUCUCAAUGACUACAUCCACUUGACCCCUGACAACCUUGCCAGCCUUUCUCCCGAAGCAAAGGCCACCGAGAAGGUAGAGGGAGCACCAGCUGCUGAGACGGAGGAAAAGCCCAAGCCCAAGGGUGUUCCCUUCGUCACAGUUCAUCUCGUCUCCACGGUCGUGGCCAGCAAGCCACAGGAGAACGUCCCGCAAUCCACUGUGAUCUCUGAUCUCAAAAACCUACUCGGAAGCGCUGGCAAAGGAGUUGAUGGCGGCAAACUCGGGAAUACCGCCGAGUUGUUGGGAAAGCUUGACUCUCUGCAGCAAAAUUACGCGACGACAGCUAUUUCCAGGGAUUACACCGAACCCGCCGAUUUGACUGAGACGCAGUGGGAGAAUAUCCUGUUCAAUAACCGGAUUCUGCAUGGCUACACCCACAUGCCAGGCACCGGACUCUUGGUCAAGGCCCCCAAGAGAGCCUUCUCAAUCCGUCGUCCGCUCCAGGCACCUUCUCCGGAUCUCGGCGAAGUAGCGAAAGCCCCAGUGCCAGAGGAAAAGGCACUCGACAAGACGAGCGACAAGAAGGUGGUGAAGGAAUAUCUGAACACUGUCCCAGGCAUUCCAUCUUUCUACAUCGAUGACGACUCCAAGGUCACCGUCACCGAAACCAGGACUGCGUUCCAACGGUCCAUGGCGCGGGAAGGAUUCAGUUCCACAGCUAUUGAAGCAAAUGCAAGCGGGAGCCCGUUUGGCAAGUCGAUCUCUGCCUCCGCGGCCCUCUCCGACGAGAAUUCCUACAGCAAGAAGAGUCUCACUGAAGAGACCGACUUUACCUUGGAGGUCGCUUACAAGUUCCCCCGCGUAGCCAUAGACCUCUCCCCCCGCUACCUCCAGCUCUCCGACGAGUGCGAGGAAGCAAUCAAGAACAUCAAGAGCGACUACGACAAAGUUCAGUUCAUCAAUGACUACGGUGACGCAUUCCCAACCAAGGUCGUCCUCGGCGGUUUCCUCCGCAGCAGCCGCCAAGUCAUAGUCAAGACCAACGAGCAACUCGAUGCAGCCAAGGAAGAGACCAAGAAGGCCGCCGGCCUCAGUUUUGCCUCACCCCAAGUGAGCUUUGGGGUGAACUACGCCAAGACCACCAGUGACACCACAACGACGACCCAGGGCCAGACGAUCGGGAACGCUGCCUUGACCUGGGAGGCGCGUGGUGGAGACACUGUGCUUUGUUCCAACCCAUCUGCCUGGGCCUCAACCGUAAAGGACUACCGCUACUGGCGCAUCACCGAGCAAUCCCAAACCGUCUCCCUCGUCCGCAUAAUAGACGGCAUAGACCCCAACAUGGCCCACAAAGUCGAAUUCCCCAACCAAAAAGACGACAAGUUCCCCGACGACGGAGACCUCCCCGAGUCAGAGCUCAUCGACAAAGCCACCAACCUCCUCAUGGGACCCCCCAGCUCAGUGCCAAUGCAAAUCGUCCUCAAGGCCUACCGGGAAGACACCGACAAGAAGGGCUACCACGCCUGGCUGAAGAAGGAGCAUUCCGCCGAGUACGACGACCUGGAAAUCAAAGACCAGGGGGCUGGCUGGGACAGCCUGACGGAUAGUUGCAAGACUUAUUACAUCAUCUAUGUGUACAAGGCGAAGGACAAGAAGGUUUUUACUUGA